CUGGCUCCGCCUGGGGCUGGGCCCAUAUUAACCUGUGCUCCGGCCUGGGGGCCAGCAGGGUGGGUGGGCCUGCGCUCUGGGAGGCAGAGGUGGCAGAGGUGGCGGCGGAGCCAGAGGCGCAAGGAGCAGGUGACCACAGCCAGGCUGCAAUGAACGUACUGAGGGAGAAGGUACUGACGCUGGACACCAUGAACCCGUGUGUCCAGAGGCUGGAGUAUGCCGUGCGAGGCCCCAUCGUUCUGCGUGCGCUGGAGCUGGAGGCAGAGCUGCGCCAGGGUGUAAAGAAGCCCUUCACUGAGGUCAUCCGCGCCAACGUCGGGGAUGCACAGGCCAUGGGGCAGAAGCCUAUCACCUUCCUGCGCCAGGUCCUGGCCCUCUGCAUCUACCCUGAUCUCCUGAACAGCCCAGACUUCCCCGAGGAUGCCAAGAGAAGGGCGGAGCGCAUCUUACAGGCCUGCGGGGGCCACAGCCUCGGGGCCUACAGCAUCAGCUCUGGCAUCCAGCUGAUCCGUGAGGAUGUGGCGCAGUACAUUGAGCGGCGCGACGGAGGCAUUCCCGCCGACCCCAAUAACAUCUUCCUGUCCACGGGAGCCACCGACGCCAUCGUGACGGUGCUAGAGUUGCUGGUGACCGGUGAGGGUCGCACGCGCACGGGUGUGCUCAUCCCCAUCCCUCAGUAUCCACUCUACUCCGCCGCGCUGGCCGAGCUCAACGCCGUGCAGGUGGACUACUACCUGGACGAGGAGCGCGCCUGGGCGGUCGAUAUGGCCGAGCUGCGGCGAGCGCUGCACCAGGCACGUGACCACUGCCGCCCCCGCGUGCUGUGCGUCAUCAACCCUGGCAAUCCCACAGGGCAUGUGCAGACCCGCGAGUGCAUCGAGGACAUGAUCCGCUUCGCCUUCGAGGAGAGGCUGUUCCUGUUGGCUGAUGAGGUGUACCAGGACAAUGUGUACGCCGAGGGCUCACAGUUCCACUCGUUCAAGAAGGUGCUCAUGGAGAUGGGGCCGCCAUACGCGGUGCAGCAGGAACUCGCCUCCUUCCACUCGAUCUCCAAGGGCUACAUGGGCGAGUGCGGCUUCCGCGGCGGCUACGUGGAGGUGGUGAACAUGGACGCCAUGGUGAAGCAGCAGCUGCUGAAACUGAGAAGCGUGCGGCUGUGCCCGACCACGCCCGGCCAGGUCCUGCUCGACAUGGUGGUCAGCCCGCCCGCGCCUUCUGACCCCUCCUUCACGCAGUUCCAGGCUGAGAGGCGAGCGGUGCUGGCUGAGCUGGCAGCCAAGGCCAAGCUCACGGAGCAGGUCUUCAACCAGGCUCCCGGCAUCCGCUGCAACCCGGUGCAGGGCGCCAUGUACUCCUUCCCGCGCGUGCAGCUGCCCCCCCGCGCGGUGAGGCGCGCUCAGGAUGACCAUUCUGCCCCCCAUGGAGAAGCUGCGGCCCCUGCUGGAGAAGCUGAAGCAGUUCCACGCCAGGUUCACCCGCGAGUUCUCCUGAGGACGCCGCUGGGGGCCAGGCUGGGCCGGCAGGGACGACCCUGGACUGACAGUGCUCAGGAUUCUGAGGGGUCUCUGGAGUCCUCUGGAUUUGCUCCUGCUGCCUGUGGGGCUGGGCCCCUGCCCCUCUGCAGGCCUUUAAUAAAGCUACCAGAUGGCCUGACUUCUUGGAGGCUGUGUGCACUCCUGUAUACCCCUCCCCCACCUUUGUCCACUCCUGACUGCUUUUCUGUGCAGGUCUGGGGGACCCAGAAGGAGUGGUCAAGGAGGGCUUCCACAGGAGGUUACCUUCUACAGACACCACACCUGCCACUGGCUGGGUCUCCACCCUGGUCACAGGUCUUGGGCCAGACACCGGCAAACAUUCACAUAAGAAUUAGGAGGUUAAGCUGGGGGAGGGUAUAGCUCAGGUGGUAAAGC